CCGCCUAAUCAGACGAGGCAGGAAAGGGGGCUGAUUCUGGAAGCCAUUACGCCAGUGUCGCAGGGUGGAGGCCGUUGAGCGGGGUUUACGGGGCGGCUGCGGUACGCAAUUUGCGUAUCGUUAGCGGUGCCAAGGGGGGAGCGGGGGAGGGCGGGACGGACUCCUCCGGGCCCUGAGGGGCCUCGAGGCCCCCCUGUUGUCCCCGGCCCCGGGGGUGAGCAGGCCGGGGGGGUGGCCCUGCCACCCCUCGGCCCUUCCCAGUCUCCCCCAGGGCCCCCUAGGCCCGCUCAGACCCCCGUAGCCCGCGGGUGUCCCCCAGUGCCCCCUCCUCAGUGGCCCCCUCCCGGCCAUGGCGUCGCCCCCGGCGCCCCCGGCCAAGAAGCGGAAGAUGAACUUCUCGGAGCGGGAGGUGGAGAUCAUCGUGGAGGAGCUGGAGCGAGGGAAGCACCUCCUCAUCAACCACUUCAACGCCGGCGUGCCCCUGGCCGCCAAGGCCGCCGCCUGGCACGACAUCCUGCGCCGCGUCAACGCCGUCGCCACCUGCCACCGCGAGCUGCCCGAGGUCAAGAAGAAAUGGUCCGACCUCAAGACCGAGGUGCGGCGCAAAGUGGCCCAAGUCCGGGCCGCCAUGGAAGGGGGAGGCGAGAGCCAGAACGGCAACGGCAACGGGCCAGAGGGCGAAGACCCAACGGGCGCCGCCGCCGCCCCGGUUAUCCUCACCCCCAUGCAGCAGCGCAUCUGCAACCUGCUGGGAGAAGCCACCAUCAUCAGUUUGCCGAGCGGGGACUGCGGCGCGGGUGACGGGACCGAGAUACCCAUCACCGCGUCAGCCACCACGGUCACCCUGACCCAGAUUCCUGCAGAGACAACCUACCACAGUCUGGAGGACGGAGUCGUGGAGUACUGCACAACAGAAGCCCCCACCACGGUCACCGCUGAAGCACCCUUGGAGAUGAUGGCGCAUCAGCACGAAGUGUCCGCGAAACCCCAGGAGCUGAAAAGCCGAAUUGCCCUCAACUCAGCCAAGCUCUUGCAGGAGCAGCGAGUGACCAACUUGCACGUGAAGGAGAUCGCCCAGCACCUGGAGCAGCAGAACGACUUGCUGCAGAUGAUCCGUCGCUCUCAGGAGGUGCAGGCCUGUGCCCAGGAGCGACAGGCACAAGCCAUGGAAGGAACGCAGGCAGCACUGAGCGCCCUCAUCCAGGUCCUCCGCCCCAUGAUUAAGGAUUUCCGUCGAUUUUUGCAGAGCAAUACGCCCAGUCCCUCGGUCACCGCUGACCCCAGCCAGACGGGGCAGCAAGAUGGCAUGAUCCAGUGAAAGAUGCGGUGAUGGGACAUCUUUCUUGGGAAAAACCUGCCCGUGCUGCCGGUGGACACAGAACGAGGGGUGCCAGCUCUUGCCGAUGUGAAAUGGCUCACCUUGGAGACUUGCUGAGCCUGAACACUUUUCUUUCUCUGCUAAUCUUAUGCUAAUCUGCCUUUUCAGACUCAUCAUACAGAGCCAUAGCAGGACAUGUAAUAAACCCGCAACUUAACAUUGGUUGCUUUAGUUCCUCAAACAAUAAAGACAGGGGUUUUUUAAUUUCUGAUUGGAAAAAAACUCUCCUAAGUAUGACACCUCUCUCUCUCUCUCUCAAGAUUUAUAGCCUUUAACUGACUUCUAACCUGGAGAGUCUUGUUGUGAUAUCACAGUACUGCAGCCACCAAGGUACAGUUACCAGAAACUGCAGCGCACGGUAUUGAACACAUUUCUGUCUCUUGCCGAAAGCAUUUAUUGGAAAUGUGGUGCCAGACGUGGUAGAGCGUCUCUGCACUGAGAGUUGAAGAUUCUGCUCUUGCAGCGUGACAUCCUGCCUGUCCAGAUUAGCACCGAGCCUACACGCAGUUUAAAUCCCACCCACGGCCCCUGAGGAUAUAAAUGGGAUUAAAAUAGUGCAUUCACCUCAUGCUCUUAUCUGCGUGUGGUCAUGAGAUUUCACUAGAAACUUGGCAGAUGUGAUUAAAAUUUCAUGCCUUGGUUACCAGAUACUGUCCUGGGAUACAUAUCGGAAGCGACGUAUUAAGUGUCGCAGCGUAGUUAAUACAUGAGGGCCUAGAUGAGUUUCACUCAGGUAUAACAGGUGAAACUCCAUCUCUGUCUCAUCUGCGUAAUUUGUCACCUCCUAACACCUUCAACCGUCAAAUUGGACCUGGACUACGGAGCUUCAGCUGCGCAGUAAUUCCCAACAGUCUGCUUUUAGGAGUUUGUCAGCCACAGGCUUAAUUGAGUGAAUUUUGGAGCAUUAUUUGGUUCUGCUGGUGGUAUUUGUUCCGUACUUGUUAGGGGCUGGAGGCGAGUACAGUCGUUUUUUGUCAGUUUGCCAGCUGGCUUCCAGUGGCUUUCUGAGAAACAGCUCUGAGCUUCACCUCGCUAUUUUGUUACCGUUAUACAGGGUAAAACCACAUUUGCAGCCGCUUUUCUUCGAGUCGUUCAGGCUGUGAGGCUUGGUUGUCAAUGAGAAAGCUUAAUUUCACCGAUGCUGAAUGUGAUUCUUAUAAACUUGCAGUAACUUCAUAAACUUUUAGAUGAAAAGCUCCACUUGUACAUGCAUGGAGAAAAAAGGCAAAAGAAGGAAGCGUUAACUCUUCUCCCUGUACCUUGUGCAGUGCGUCACAUUUAACAGGCUUUUUGCUUACCAGAUAUUACUUUUGAAAUGGAACUUUUUCAGAGCUGGUAUUUGCUGGUAUUUGCUCAGCCUUUAGGGCUGAGACAUGGUGAGCAAGAACUGAUGAGGGAUUGAAUUUGCACAAUCAAAUGAAACCUUUACACAGCCUUUUUGGGGGGAUGCUGGUGGGGUGGUUAGGGCAACAGGUGAAGAGGCUACCACUGCCUGUCUCUGGCCUUUACUCAUCUCCACUUGUCUGCAAGUCUUCUCAGGAGGAAAAGAGCAGCACGGUGAGACGGGUUUGGCCCCUGAAGCCUCCUGAGCCUUUGGCACUGACACCUGAGUCAGAGCAGCAUCAGCUGCAUCUUCCUGCCUUGUCCGGAAUCUCACCACGUGAGUAACACUCACCUGACUCUUCCUCGCAGACUUCGUGGAAUCAAAUCAAUUGCUCAAUUGAAAUUUAUUUUUAAAGAGAAAACUAUGUCACAUGUGUUGGUUUACCUCAUUUGCGUAAUGAUUUCUCCUUUACAAACAUGAAUUUUAAUAAAAAAUACUUUUUUGCUAA